UGCUGCUCUAUGCCCUAUUUUACUCCACGAAGCGUGAAGAAUUCGAGACAUCGACGGGACCGACGGCCUCUGAAGGAGAAGAGGAGUUCGUGAAGGGAGCUUGUUGGGUUCAGGCAUCGACAGGACUGUCGGCGUUUGAAGGCGUAUAGUUCGUGAAGGGAGUCCCAACGGCACUGUCUGGACCGCCGUUCUUCUGUUGGAUCGGAAGUAACGACGACGACGGAGGGAGCUCACCUGUUGCGAAGUUCAUAAGGCACAAGUGCAGACUGUUCGGCUAGUUGACCUGAAGAAGAAGAAUAAUAAUAAGGGGAGGGGAGCGAUGCAUUCAUUCGGGCAGCGCGCUAACGCGAUCAUAACUUUCUCUUUGACGAUAGUGGCGGUAAUUUGCUCUCUCGCCUCCUUCUCAGACAAUUUCAACACUCCCUCUCCUACCGCCGAGAUAGAGGUUUCAAACUUCAAUUGGUUCCAAAAGCAGCGUAAUGGAAAUGAUGAGGUUAGCUUGACAUUGAACAUAUCAGCAGAUCUGCAAUCUUUGUUCACUUGGAACACGAAACAGGUGUUCGUUUUUUUAGCUGCUGAAUAUGAAACCCCCCAAAAUGCCCUGAACCAGAUUUCCCUUUGGGAUGCAAUCAUCCCCUCAAAAGAGCAUGCAAAGUUCUGGAUUCACACUUCAAACAAAUAUCGUUUUAUUGAUCAGGGAAGCAAUCUACGGGGCAAAGAAUACAAUUUGACGCUGCAUUGGCAUGUGAUGCCUAAGACAGGCAAGAUGUUUGCUGAUAAAAUAGUCAAGACUGGUUAUCGACUUCCUGAAGAAUACAGAUAGAUCAAAGCUGUGGCUAUUGAGUUAUUUGGGCCUCUUCUUCGUAAGGAAAUCAUUUCAAGUAGAGUUUCCCCCGCUUCUAGACUUUAAAUUUUCAUUUUUAUAUUUUGGUGUUGUGGACAAAUAGAGCUAAUUAGUCAUUUGACUUGUCUAUUUUGAGAACUAACUUAAAAUUUUCUUUUACAUCAGAUGAGUUUUGUUUGGAAAAUUCAACUUUUU